CUUCCAUUUUCAGAGCUUCGUCAGUGCUUCGUCGCCGCGCUCAAGCAAAGAUGCAGAUCUUCGUGAAGACCCUCACGGGGAAGACGAUAACCCUCGAGGUUGAGUCCAGCGACACCAUCGACAAUGUGAAGGCGAAGAUCCAGGACAAGGAGGGGAUCCCCCCGGACCAGCAGAGGCUCAUCUUUGCCGGCAAGCAGCUGGAGGACGGCCGCACACUCGCCGACUACAACAUCCAGAAGGAGUCGACGCUCCACCUCGUGCUCCGGCUCCGGGGCGGCGCCAAGAAGAGGAAGAAGAAGACCUACACCAAGCCCAAAAAGAUCAAGCACAAGAAGAAGAAGGUGAAGCUCGCGGUGCUGCAGUUCUACAAGGUGGAUGAUUCCGGCAAGGUGCAGCGGCUGAGGAAGGAGUGCCCCAACGGCGAGUGCGGUGCCGGGACUUUCAUGGCCAACCACUUCGACCGCCACUACUGCGGCAAGUGCGGCCUGACGUACGUUUACCAGAAGGCCGGUGGCGAUUAAGGCUUUGCUCUCUCUCUCUCUCUCUCUCAGUUUAAUCGUUUUGAUGGCUUAGUAUUGUCAGACCUUAAAUAUUUACUUUUGAUUUGGAAUUAUAAUUUUCGCAUUUGACAUCGUCGGACGAUUCAGUUCCCUGAUAGUCGCCUCCUCGUAGGUUUCAUUCCUUGUCGAAUGUAUAAUUUCUUGGUUCAGGAGGGACUUGCAUUUCGUGGAGAUUACGCCAUGGAUAUUACAAAUUUGCCUUUAAAUU